AUGAAAUUCCUAAUCAUAUUUGCGUGUGUGCUAAGUUAUUUGAGCUUCUGUAUGGCUGUACCUCAUCCUCCGGCAACGACUGCAGCACCCAUCAAAGGUACAUAUGACAGUCGUUUCGAUAAUAUCGAUGUGGAUGAGAUACUACAACAGGAACGUCUAUUGAAGAAUUAUGUCAAGUGUUUGGAGGGAACGGGUCCUUGCACUCCCGAUGGCAAGGCCUUGAAAGAGACUCUACCCGACGCUAUAGCGACCAAUUGCGUCAAAUGUACGCCCAAACAGAAGGAGGGUUCGGACAAGGUGACACAUUUUCUUAUCGACAAUCGUCGCGAGGAUUGGGAACGUUUGGAGAAAAUUUACGAUCCCGAGGGUACCUAUCGCAAGGCAUAUCUGGCGGAAAAGGAGACUUCUACAACUACGAAUACUAAAAACGAUGAUGAUGGAGGUAGCAAUAAAUGA